AUCUCCCUAAAUAAUUAUUUAUUUAUUAUUGAUAGAAUAUAAAUAACUUAUUUUGUAAUUUUAUUUUUAAAUUUCAAUUUCAGAUGACCUUUGCCGAAAAUUUCAAACGGAUAAAGAACAUGGACUGACUCCUGAACAAGCAGCUGCUGUUCUACUAAAAACGGGACCAAAUCAACUAACUCCUUCACACAAAGUGCCUGAGUAUAUUAAAUUUAUCAAAACACUAACACAAGGUUUUUCAUUGUUAUUAUGGAUAGGUGCCGCAUUAUGUUUCACCGCUUGCCUUAUAAGAAAAGUCACAACCCUAGAAACAGAUACGGACAAUCUUAUAUUAGGAUUAGUGCUUGUUGUAGUCGUUGUUGUUACUGGAUGUUUUAUGUUUUCCCAAGAACACAAAAGUCAAAAGAUUAUGGAAUCUUUCGCAAAUAUGGUUCCUCCGAAAGCAACUGUGAUACGAGGAGGUGAAACAAUAACUAUAGUUUCUAAAGACAUUGUAAUUGGAGAUCUGGUUGAAAUGAAAUUUGGAGAUCGCAUACCAGCUGAUAUUAGAAUAAUCCACAGUCAAGGCUUUAAGGUCGACAACUCAGCUUUAACUGGGGAAUCAGAACCGCAAUAUCGAGGCACUGAAUGUUCAAGUGAUAACAUCUUGGAGACCAAAAAUUUUGCCUUUUUUUCAACUAACGCUGUAGAAGGAACUGCAAAAGGCAUUGUUUGUGAAACCGGCGAUCGCACAGUCAUGGGAAGAAUAGCGGGUCUCACUGCUCGUCUCCAACCGAAUAAAACACCAAUCGCUAAGGAACUAGAACACUUCAUGAAGAUCAUCAGUGUCUGGGCAUGUUUCCUUGGUUUCGUCUUUGGAUCAGCAGCUCUAGCCAUGAACUAUUCUUGGAUAGAAGCAUCUCUAUUUUUGAUUGGUAUCAUCGUAGCAAACGUUCCCGAAGGUCUUCUUGCAACUGUAACCGUCUGUCUAUCUGUAACCGCAAAAAGAAUGGCUGCCAAAAAUUGCUUGGUGAAGAAUCUUGAAGCUGUCGAAACUUUGGGCUCGACUUCGAUUAUUUGUUCGGACAAAACGGGUACCCUUACUCAGAAUAAAAUGACGGUGUGUCACUUUUGGUGCGAUAAAAAGAUUAUGAACGCAGAUUCCACUAUACAACAGGAUCUUGCAAAAGAUUACAACAAAUCAGAAGGUUUCCAAACGUUAAUGCGAUGUGCUACUCUCUGCAACAGAGCGGAAUUCGUUCAUGGCGAAGAAAAUAAACCUGUCUCCUCCAGACUGGUCAGAGGAGAUGCCUCUGAGGAAGCCAUUUUGAAAUUCGUCGAGCUGACUCACAUUCAUGGUAAUCCAACAGAUUUCAGACACAACAAUCCUAAAUUAUUGGAGAUACCUUUUAGUUCGGUCACUAAAUAUCAAAUCAGUAUCCACGGAAUGGAAGACGGAAGUUGUCUUAUGGUAAUGAAAGGUGCACCAGAGAGAAUUCUAGCUCGUUGUUCCAAGAUGUACACCGCUAAAGGUACUGAAGAAAUGACAGAUGAAAUGAGAAUGAUCUGUGAUAGAGCCAUGACGGAACUCGCGGAAAAAGGAGAAAGAGUUCUUGGUUUUGCUGAUUUGAUGUUGGAUCGUAAACAGUACAACAAAGACUUUAAGUUUUGUGCCGAACCACCAAAUUUUCCCAGAAAGGAUCUGAGAUUCGUCGGUUUUAUGUCGUUGAUCGACCCUCCAAGGCCUCAAGUACCAGAUGCUGUUGAGAGGUGCAGAAGUGCCGGAAUUAGAGUUAUUAUGGUCACUGGAGAUCAUCCAAUCACUGCUAAGGCUAUUGCCAAACAGGUUGGAAUAUUAAAAUCCAAAGAAGUAAUAGACGCUUUCAGUAUCAACGUCAUAGAAACUUUGCCUCCGAAUAUUAAAGAUAAGGCGAUUGUCAUUCAUGGAUCGGCUUUAAGGGACGCCACAAACCAAGAGCUGGAUAACAUUCUCUAUAACUUUAGGGAAAUUGUAUUCGCUAGGACUUCGCCCACCCAAAAGCUACAUAUUGUUGAAGGAUGUCAAAGAUUAGGAGACAUUGUUGCUGUUACCGGAGACGGUGUUAAUGACGCCCCAGCUCUUAAGAAAGCCGACAUAGGUAUAGCCAUGGGUAUUUCCGGUUCGGAAGUGUCCCAACAGUCCGCCGAUAUGAUUCUACUAGAUGAUAAUUUCGCAUCUAUCAUCACUGGCGUAGAAGAAGGGAGAAGGAUUUUUGAUAACCUGAAGAAAUCUAUUGCGUACACUUUGGCUUCAAAUGUUCCAGAAAUUUUGCCUUUCUUGGGUUUUGUACUUCUCAACAUUCCACUUCCAUUAGGUGUUAUGGCUAUAUUGUGUAUAGAUUUGCUAACAGACAUGUUGCCCGCUAUCAGUUUAGCCUAUGAAAAUGCAGAAAGCGAUAUCAUGAGUCGUCCGCCGAGAAAUCCAAAAAAAGACAAAUUAGUCACAAGAAAAUUGUACUUUUUGGCGUACGGACACAUCGGCUUGAUAGAGGCCGUGGGUGGAUUCUUCGUUUAUUUCGCAAUUAUGGCUGAAAAUGGAUUCUAUCCCCGCAGACUAUUUGGUCUUCGCGAGGAAUGGGACUCCGAAAAAGUAAACGAUCUGAUGGAUUCGUUUGGACAGGAAUGGACAUAUGAGCAUAGAAAGGAACUAGAAUAUACGUGCUACACUGCUUUUAUGAUUUCUGUAGUAGUUACUCAAUGGGCUGAUUUAAUUGUGUGCAAGACAAGAGUCAAUUCGAUUUUCAAGCAAGGUUUGGGGAAUAUGAUUCUAAAUAUAAGUUUAAUUUUUGAAACUGUAGUAGCCUGCAUGUUAUCCUAUAUUCCAGGGAUGUAUUAUCUGAAGUUCUAUCCCAUUCUGUUUCGAUGGUGGUGCUACUCAUUUCCCUUUGCAAUUUUCAUCUUUAUCUUUGACGAAUUUAGAAAAUGGCGUCUCAGGAAGAAUCCAGAUGGAUGGUAUCGCAGAGAGACUUACUACUAA